AAUCAGCUGCAAAACGUUUGCCACGCAAAAAAAUAGGAAAUAAUAAAUUGAUUGUUGAAAGCACGUCCGUCCAGGAAGAACUUUGGCCAGAGAGAGUUAGCUAAGUUCGCACAAGGUAGAGGAGCAAUCAGACAGCAGACAUGUCCUGGCUGAACAACAGCCUCAACUCCAUCAAGGGCCAGCUGACGAAUCUGGCCCAGGAAGUGCUGGCCGACACGGCCGGGCCAGGCGACGAGGACUACCGCGGCGCGGAGACCGAUACAAAGACGGCCCUGGACCUGCUGGCGGAGUCCCAACAGCAAAAGGAACAGCUGGACCAGCUCUGCGGGGAUAAGGAUCGCGAGAUUGCUGCCCUUCGAAAGCAAAUCACAAAACUAAAUAACCAACAAAUUGGCGACGGAGUCACCACGCCAUCAUCAUCAUUAGCAGCUGGAGCAGGAGCCGGAGCCGGAGCGGUAGGAGCUGCCACAACAGCCGCAGAGCCUCUGAAACAACCGCAGCGGAAGACCGCUGAGGAUCAGAAUGUGGAGGACAGCUGGGAGUGCUGGGACGAUGGCGGCGACGGAUCCGAUGGACAGGGAGACGCCGCAGCAGCCGGAACAGCUGGAGCCGCCUCGGGAUCUGGACUCGUGGACAUAGCCCUGGGAAACAGCGAUGUGUACCGCCUGAACAAUCGCAUCGCGGAGCUGGAGCAGCUCAACGGACAGUUGAACGCCUCGCUGGAGGAGCUGGACGCCCAGCACGAGCUGGCCAUGCGGGAUGUGCUGGGGCGCAAGGAUCAGCUGCAGGUGCAGGUGGGCGAGCUGAGGCAGCUGCAGGCGGACCGCAUGGUCGAGCACGAGAUGGCCAUUGCCCGGCAGCAGAAGCAGCUGGAGGAGCACAGCAGGGCGGAGAGCGCCCUGGCUGCGGUCAGGGAGGAGUUGCAGCAGCAACUGGAGCAGCAGGCGUUGGAGCUGAAGCGCGGCGUGCUGGAGCUGGCCGAGAUGCAGGAGCUGCUGGAAAAGCGGGGUGCGGACAACAAUGAGCUCAUCGAUCGCGUUCGCCUGGCCGAUGCGGAGCGGGAGAAGCUGCUCAAGGAGCUGGACGACCUCAAGCUGGCCAAGGAGAAGAAGACCUCCGAGUCGUCCUCUAACAGCUCCUCCACCUCCACCAAGCACAGUGAGGACGAGUUCAUUGUGGUGCGACAGGCGGAUGCCGCUUCCGGCUCUGGCUCCGAUCCAGACCCCGAUCCGGACCCCACGCAGCCGCCGUCAAAGGAGAAGCUGCGCGACAAGCUUGUGGCCCUCGAGUCGCGCAUCGCGGAGCUCAGUCUGGCCAACAGUCAGCUGCAGGACGCCCAGCUGGAAAAGGAGCUCUCUGCCAGCCUGCUGAUCGAUCAGCUGGCCGAGUUGGAGACCCGCCUCCGCAUCAGCGAAGGCGAGAAGGAGCAUCUGCAGCUGGAGCUGCAAUUCAAGCUACAACAGCUCACCAUGCAGAACCAGGAGCUGAAGCUGAACGCCGAGGCGGAGCAGGAGACGCACUCGCACGACUUCGAGCAGCAGCUGGACGCCCUGCGCGCCGACAAUCGGCGGCUGCGCCAGGAGCUGGACGCCAGCAUAGCACAGGCCAAGUUCCGUCAGGCCAUUGCCGAGGAGAAACAGGAGAUAACCGACCUGGACGACGCCGAGGACGACCUGGAAAAGCUUCGUUCCCUACUGCAGGCCCAGAUCGAGGACCGCCUGUCCACGGCCGCUCCCCAGCACAGCCUGGAGCGGGCUUACCGGGUCCUGAGUGAGCGCUGGCAGCGCCUCGACGCUGCCGAGCAGCGACUUGGGGAGCUGCAGGACCAGCAGCGGAUCAGCGAGCACGAGAAGAAGACCCUGGAGGCAGACAUAUCGCAGUACAUCCUGCAGUGCGACGAGCUGAUGAAGAACAACGAGCUCCUGCUCAACGAACUGGCCAAGUUCAAGCGCAACAAGCUGGAGACCAUCGAGGAGCACCACGAGGAGACCAUCGUCCAGCUGGAGGGCCAGCUGGAGGAGACUAGGCAGCGCCUUGAAACGGCGCACGAAGCCCAGAAGCGGCUCCAAUCGAAGCUGGAUGCGGAGGCGUCCCAGGCGGAGAAAAAGAAGGCCAAUGAAAAGGAUCGAGGCCAGAAGGAGCAGCAGCUGAAGGAGUGCCAGACCAGGCUUGCGCAGAAGGAUUCGCAGCUGGAAGGGGAUGAAGAGCUGCACGCUGUCCAGGAGCAGCACAAGUCGCAGCUGGCUACGCUUGAAGAUCAGAUCCAGGCCAAGGAUGCGCAGCUGGCGAAACAAAGCGAGCAUUUGAAGCAGCUCCAAGAGCAGAUCCAGGCCAAGGACGAGCAGCUGAGCAAGAUCCAGCAGCUGGGAGAGAAGGAGAAUGAGCAGAUCAUUGAUCUGGAGAGGCUCACGGAACAGAUCCAGGCCAAGGACGAGCAGCUGGAGAAGCAGGCCGCUGAUCUUGAGCAGCUCAAAAAACAGCUGAGCACUGUCCAGCUGAGCGAGGAUAAGUGGAAGCAUCUGCUCCAGCAGACCAACGACAGCCACGCCCAGGAGAAGGGAGACCUGAUCCAGGCGCUCCAGCAGAAGCACGCGGAGAACACCCAGUACUAUGGGGAGAUCCAGCGGCUGCAGCUCGUCGAGCAGCAGGUCGGUGAGCUGGUGCGCGAGCGCGAGAAGCUGCAGGACCAGGUGAGGAGAGUGCAGGAGCUCAAGGAGAAGUGCGACAUGCGCAUCACGAAUCUGUUGACGGAGCAGAGCAGCCAGGCCCAGGCGGCGCAGGAGGCCCACGAGCAGCAGGCGAGCGUCCAACGCGAUUUGGAGCGGCUCCGGGCCCAUCUGCUCGAGGUGGAAGAGCUGCAUACCCAGGAGACGGUGGAGCUGCAACGCGAGCUAGACGAGUCACGCACCAAGCAGACAGUUCUGCAACAGGAAGUGUCCAAGUCGAGUACAGCCUACACUUCAGCCAGCAUUAGGGCGAAUCAACAGGCGGAGACGCUGCAGGUGCAGCAUGCCCUGCUUCAGCAGCAACGGGACGAACUGCUCGCCAAAUUGGGGCAGUGCGAGGAUCGCGAGAUGAAGCAACAGGCGGCACUGACCAAUCUGCAGUGUGCCCUGGAGCAGUUCCAGAAUGACAAGGAGCACGACAUUGAGAUGGCCACCCAGCGCAUCCGCCGCGAGAUGCAGGCCCACCUGGACAGGCAGGAUCAGCUGCAGACGGAGAUGGAGGCCAUGCAGCAGCAGCUGGCGGAGGCCAAUCAGGGAUUACGGGCGGCGGCGCGCCUCUCCGACCAGUUGGAGGCGGGACAGCAGACGAUCGCCGUGCUCAGGGAUGAAGUGGAGAGCCUAAAGGAGGCGAACGACCAGCUGGAGCAGAGGCUAAACAGCAGCGAGAGCAGCCAGACGGACAAGAUCGACAAGAGCCUGAUCAAGAGCCUGCUGAUCGGCUAUGUUGUGAGCGGCCAUGCUGGAGACAAGCAGCAGGUGCUGCGCCUGAUAUCUUCCGUGCUGGACUUCACCGCUCAGGAGUCGGACAAGGUGGGUCUAAAUAAGCAGCAGAGCAGCUGGCUGGGAGCCAUACUCGGCGGAGGACCAGCGUCGGGGAGCUCAGCCCCUGGUCGCGGGAAUGAGAAUCUAGUGCAGGCAUUUGUGCAGUUCCUCGAGCAGGAGUCGCAGCCACAGACAGCGGCCCAGAUGAGACCGACCCUCCUUAGUAUGACUGGUCAGGUGGACACGGGGCCAUCGCCGCCGCACCCGCAUCCGCAACCAACGCAGGCGGCAGCAGAGUAUUCUGCCGCAGCAGUGCCUGCGGGUCAGGAUAUCGGAUCAGCGCCGCCACCUUCUCCUCCAGCAUCAGGAAUGGGAGCGGGUGCAACACAUUCGCUGACAAUAAGCUCCAAUGAAUUUGCACCCUCACGCAACUCCAGCUCGAUAUUAAAGGAUAUUCUCAGCGACUCUUGAUUCUUGUAGAAAGCCAGACUAUAUGGCUUACCCUGCGCCUUUGUUUUUGAAUAAUUUUAACAUAUUUUUUUUCUAUAUAUUUAAAUUGUAUGCGUGAAAUCUGUAACCCAAACAAAUACCCAUGUUUAUAUCGACAUACAUAUAUCUCCGUAUAUGUUUUUACAUAAAUACCUAUAAACAAAUAUAUAUAGGAAAAAUAUAUUUAUAGUUAUCAGUCCCCCCCCAAUUGUGCAAUGUCUGUGUAUAUGUGCACCAUUAGCAAUUUGUAAAUAUGUAAUAUCCAACAUGUAUAUUCCUUGGCAGCGUAGGGCAUGCCGAUGCCUCCCGCCUGCCAUGGACACGCCUUCACAGGGGCCUUGCUAACAAUCCUAGCCUAGCCGCCAAUCAAUAAACGAAUCAACAACUAA